AGGCAUUAAGCGAUUUAGGGUAGAGUUAAAAAAAUGUUGAAAACCAAAUCAACAACUUGGCAGUGAGGCGGUCGCCUCCCCAUUGUCGCCGGCAGGCUGUGCCGUUCUCCCGGGAGACGCCAGCAGAUAUAUAUGCCUCUAGUUAAGACACUUCAGUACCUCAUUAAGCUUGAUUGAAACGGACGGAUGUGCUUAUCAUUCUUAAUUGUCCUUAAACAUGCUUUAGAAGCCUCACAAAAGAACUCGAUUUUUGAGAUUCAGGCCUUUUAUAUGAGAUGGAUAAUUGAUGUUUUGAGUUUCGGUUACCCUUUUUCAAGAUCCUCUCAAUCAGGCUAUUUUUUUUUAAAUUUAUAUUUAAAUUUUAAAAAAUUUUACUUGUCUUAUAUAAAAUUUUUGAAAAAUAAUAUUUUAAUCAAAUUCAAAAACUUUAAUUCAACCUUCUCAUAAAAAAUUUCUCGCUCCCCCUACGACCAACAAAAGUUGCUUAUUUUCAAGGCAAGCUUGAAUCCAGAAAGAAAAAAAAAAGGAUGCAUUGAAUACCUGAAGUUGAGGAUGUAAAUGGAUUGGAUAUACAUUUUUUAUGAACUUAAUUUUAAAUUGAGUAAAACACAAAUCUGAUUACUAACCAGCGCCAUAGCUUGUUGCUAGGCGAUCUUCGAACUUCUCAUGUCCUAGUGUUUAUAUUUUUCAAUUGGUAGCAGCUUUUGUGGCUGUAGUUCAACCAAGAAAAUAGACGAUCAACCUUUGCGGUUCACUACCAGAGCACCCAAACCAAGUUGGCUUGUUGUGUAUCUUGUCUUCCUUUUUCUUGUAUUUUCUACUGCAAAGGCGCUGUGAAUGACGCAAGCAGAGACUCCACAAAAUUGGAAGCAGAAAGGAGGAAAAGCAGAAGAGAACGAAGAAGAAAGAGUCACGACCAUGCGCUGCAGUAGGAGUUGAGAAGAAGGGGGGUUGGUGAGAAGACUCAUGGCCAUCGGUGAAGUCGUAUCUCCCCUGCUUGGUGAUGGCGGUUGUAGCGACUAUGUCAAUGACGCCGUCGACUUCAGAGGCUCUCCUGCCAUCCGCUCCAAAUCGGGAGGAUGGAAGUCCUCCCUCUUCAUAAUCGGUGUUGAAGUGUCUGAGAGGUUUGCUUACUAUGGGAUCGCUUCCAACCUCAUCAGCUACCUCACGGGACCUUUGCACCAAUCCAACGCGGUGGCUGCAGCGAACGUCAACGUUUGGCAAGGUGUGUCGGCCAUGCUUCCUCUGCUGGGGGCGUUUGUGGCAGAUGCCUACUUGGGCCGCUACAGAACCAUCCUCAUAUCCUCCAUGCUUUACAUCCUUGGAUUGGCCUGCUUGACUAUAUCAACAAUACUCCCACCUGGUUCCAAGGGUCAUAGUGGCAGAUCAGCCUGGCUUCCUCUACCAGAGUUUCAAGUGGCUUUCUUCUUCUUCUCUCUGUACUUGGCUGCUAUAGGUGCAGGAGGACACAAACCUUGCACACAAGCAUUUGGCGCAGACCAAUUUGAUGAGUCUAACCCACACGAGCAGAUGCCUAAGAAUUCUUUUUUCAACUGGUGGUAUUUUGGACUUUGGUCUGGAAGUCUGGUCUCCAUGGUCACUGUAAAUUACAUUCAAGAAUAUCUAGGUUGGGGAUAUGGAUAUGGUAUAACAUGCUUGUCAAUGGGAUUGUCGCUGGCUGUUUUCUUAAUUGGAACAUUUACAUAUAGGUUUAAACUAUCCCAAGAAGGAAGUCCAUUCACAAGCAUUGUGCAAGUGCUUGUUGCAGCUGUUCGUAGAUCGCAGUGGCCUAUAGAAGAAUCAGAACAUGAUCGUGGUUCUACUAGGCAGUUCAGUUUCUUGAACAGAGCUGCUAUUCCGUUGAAUCCAAAUUGCUCCUUUCCAUCCAAAAGGAACAACUGGACCGUAUGCUCUGUUGAACAAGUGGAAGAAGUGAAGGGUGUGUUGCGCCUCUUUCCUAUAUGGGCCUCGUGCUUAAUGUAUGCAGUUUUCUUUUCUCAGUCCUCAACUUUCUUCACAAAACAAGGUUGUACCAUGGACAGAAAAAUCAGUUCAAGUUUGCUAGUCCCACCAGCAUCUCUGCAAUGCUUCAUUGGAAUUUCUGUGGUUCUUUUCAUCCCAAUCUAUGACCAAGUCCUUGUUCCGAUUGCUAGGAGUUUCACUGGGGUUCCUUCUGGCAUUACACUGCUGCAAAGGAUAGGAACUGGUAUGUUCUUUUCAAUAUUGUCGAUGGUAGUGGCAGCUCUAGUAGAGCUGAAGAGACUUAAUGUGGCAAAAGAUUCUGGUUUAGUAGACUUUCCUGCAGUAACAUUACCAAUAAGCAUAUGGUGGCUUCUCCCUCAGUAUAUAUUGUUUGGAGUUUCUGAGGCCUUCACAAUGGUCGGAUUGCAAGAGUUCUUCUAUGAUCAGAUGCCCAACACUUUGCGGAGUAUGGGAAUUGCAAUAUAUCUUAGCAUUUUUGGAGUGGGAAGCUUUUUGAGUGGUUUUCUUAUUUCUCUGAUAGAAAAGCUCAGCAGUGCAACAAGUGGAGGCAGUUGGUUCCCCACCAAUCUAAAUAAAGCCCAUCUUGAUUACUUCUAUUGGCUUUUGGCUGGACUCAGCAUUCUUGGGUUGUGCGUGUAUGUUUACUUUGCACAAUCUUAUAUUUACAGGAAUAAAUAUCCUUCUUCUAAGGAUGGGUACCAGAAUCAGAGGGCUCAUUUCUGUACAAAUGAUGUGAGAGGACGUCUAAUGGCAAUCCCUGCAACCUCAUCUCCUCUUCUUGGUGGUGGUGGUGGUGAGGAGGGUGGUGGCGACUACUACGUAGAGGGUGCCGUUGAUUUCAGAGGUCACCGGUCUGUCCGAUCGAGAUCCGGCAAGUGGAGAUCCUCUUUGUUCAUAAUCGGCGUUGAGAUGUCGGAGAGGUUUGCUUACUAUGGGAUCUCCUCAAACCUCAUCACAUACCUCACCGGAACGCUGCACCUGUCGAACGCGUCGGCAGCAGAGAAUGCCAACCUGUGGGCAGGGGUCGGAUGGAUGCUCCCUCUGCUUGGAGCGUUUGUGGCGGAUGCCUGGCUGGGAAGAUACAGAACCAUCAUCUUCUCUUCCCUCAUCUACGUUCUUGGUUUGGUUUUCUUAACUCUAUCAGCAGUACUUCCUUUUGGCUGCAAUAGUGCCAGUUCUUCUUGUUCUCCGUCCAAGUUUAAAGUGGCGUUCUUUUUCUUCUCGCUCUACUUAGUUGCCAUAGGCCAAGGAGGCCACAAACCAUGUGUCCAAGCAUUUGGUGCAGAUCAGUUUGAUGAGACCAAUCCGGCAGAGCACAAGGCCAAGAGUUCGUUUUUCAAUUGGUGGUAUUUUGCGUUAUGUUUUGCGAACACAGUUUCCAUAAUGGUACUAACUUACAUCCAAGAAGACAAGGGGUGGGGGCUUGGUUAUGGCAUCCCAUGUGUGUUAAUGGCACUGGGUCUCAUAGUUUUCUUGGUUGGAACCUUUACUUACCGUUUCAGUCUGGCUCAAGAAGAGAGUCCCUUCACAGGAAUCCUGCAAGUAUUUGUUGCCGCCAUCCGCAAGUCACGAUGGUCUGUAGAAGAUUUUGAUCAUUCCUCUGGCCUUAGUGGGCAAUUCAGGUUCCUAAACAAAGCUGCUAUACCACUGAAAUCUGAUUGCUUCGCGCCACGGAAGAGAAGCAGUUGGUUAGUAUGCUCUGUUGCACAAGUGGAAGAGGUGAAAGGAGUUUUACACUUGAUCCCCAUAUGGGCUACAUGUCUGAUGUACGGAGUUGUGUAUGCUCAGGCUUCAACUUUCUUCACAAAGCAAGCUAGCACCAUGGACAGAACUAUCGGCUCAAGUUUUGUUUUUCCGGCAGCAGCUCUGCAGAGCUUCAUUGGUGUCAGUAUAUUACUGUUCAUUCCAAUCUAUGAAGGAAUCCUGGUUCCCAUUGCUAGGCAUUUUACAGGGAUUUCUUCUGGCAUUACUGUGCUUCAGAGGUUAGGAACUGGGAUGUUCUUGUCAGUGUUGUGUAUGGUGGUGGCAGCUGUGGUGGAGCGGAUGCGACUUGAGAUUGCAAGAGAAGCAGGCCUAAUAGAUCUACCUGAAGCGACAGUGCCCAUGAAGAUAUGGUGGCUACUGCCUCAGUAUCUCUUAUGUGGACUGGCUGAUGUGUUUACAAUUGUGGGAUUGCAAGAGUUCUUCUAUGAUGAGAUGCCAGAAGCAUUGAAAAGCAUGGGGAUUGCUCUCUAUCUUAGCACACUGGGGGUGGGAUACUUCUUAAGUAGUUUUCUGAUCUCCCUUAUAGAGAAACUGAGCAGUGCUACUGGUGGAACAAGUUGGUUCUCCAACAAUCUUAACAAAGCUCACCUAGAUUACUUCUAUUGGCUUUUGGCCGGUCUUAGUAUUCUUGAAUUGUGUUUGUUCAUGUUCUUUUCUCGAUCUUAUGUUUAUAGCUGCAGACAACAUAGUUACAAGGUUGAUUCCCAGCAUGGGAGUAUGGGUUCCAGUACAGCUACCUCGAAUAUAUGACCUGUAAUGUUAGGCUUGGUGAUGUCUUGAUGCUAUGGUUUGAUGAUUCUUAUUAGGACCAAACAAGUAGCAGAAAUCAUUCAAUUGUCAUUAGAAAUACAAAAGAAAGCUGUACCAUUUUUGUGAA